AUGCCCACUGAAACAUCGUCGGGAACGAUGACGACGACCACGGGGCAGCAGCCCGGUUCAGGAGGUACCACUACGCCAAGUACUAGUAGCGCCGGACCUGAGCCGCCAACGGUCUCGACCUCGGCACCUGGAGCGCCGUUGGUGGGGAGAACAGAUGACGACGAAGCAGAUCUCACGUGGAUCUUCGUCGCCCUCGGCGCGGUGGCGGGGGGACUUCUGCUCUAUUCGGCCUCUUUUCUGGUGUUCCGCUGUCAAGCAGUCCGAAAUAUCGCGCGGUCGGUGCGGGAGUCGCUUUCUAGUAGUACUAGGAGUAGUAAGGCGGACGUAACGAGUCGGCUGUCUGCAGUAGAGAAGAUGAAGAUGACCUCCACGCCUGUGGCUGCAUCAAGACCUUUAUCUGGAACAAGGGACGACCCUCCCGGCGAGGACCCGCGGCGAAAGCAGAUCGUGAAGAUCACCAGCACUGGAACUACUAGUACACACGAGGCAUUCAACAUCGCUCCGGAGGUAGUUAUUGUGCAGCGCGGUUCUGGUUCAAGAACUAGUAUCGGCAAGACCGCUGAGCCGCGUCACAGCAGGAACGUGGCACUAGGUGAGGGUGAGGCGUUUUGGCCGGAGGAAAGUUUUGUUGAAUACGGAUAUGAGGUUGGCGAAAGGGAGGCGGAGGAGGAGGGUUGUUGGCCGCAAGACAACUCCUGGCCGCAAGGCGACUCUUGGCCGCAAGGCGACUCCUGGCCGCAAGAGGACGUGGAGUCUUCAAAAGCUGCUGCUUCCCUCCCACGGCUAAAGGAAGAGCGUCGACGAAGCCGAUCGAAGAGGAAGACGAAAACCGAACAACAGGGAAGAUCAUGUGAAGAGAAAGAAUACUAUGUGUGAGAUGAACUUAUGAUAUGUUGCAAAGAUAUCGCUUUCGCUUUGCAAUUCCGGCAUCGGUAUGUCGUGGAAUAACAUACGAAGUGGGCUUUUAUAUAAAAAUACCCGAAGCAGAUGCAGAAGAAAUGUCUGUCGCGG